CCCCAAAUUCUCUCCGCCCAAAAUUUCCCGAACCCACACCGCAGAAUCAAACGUUCGAACGCCCAAACCUCCGUCGCCACCUCCAUCUAUCUUUGGCUAGUUAUGGCGACGUUCGAGCUCUACAGGAGAUCGACGAUUGGGAUGUGCUUGACGGAGACUUUGGACGAGAUGGUUCAGAGUGGUACUCUCAGUCCGGAGCUCGCGAUCCAGGUCCUGGUUCAGUUUGAUAAGUCUAUGACUGAGGCACUAGAAACGCAAGUGAAGAGCAAGGUCACGAUCAAGGGGCAUUUACACACAUACAGAUUCUGCGACAAUGUAUGGACCUUCAUAUUGCAGGAUGCAUUGUUCAAGAACGAAGAAACCCAGGAGAACGUGGGCCGUGUUAAGAUAGUAGCAUGUGAUUCUAAGCUGCUCACACAAUGAGGUUCCGGGAAGCGAUGAACCCCAUUCGGUAACUCUUGAUGGUAAGGCGAGGAAGGAUGGGAGCAUGAUGAAGGAGCACUGAAACCGGGAACUAGUUUUACCAAAAUUUCAAAAGAAAAAAAAAAGAAAAGAAUAUUGUUGUAUAGCCAUCAUCCAUCAUGAUCAUCAUCAUCUCAAACCCCUCUUAUCAUCUUGAUGUUUGCAAGAGAACAGAGAACUUCUGGCUUUGGAUUAUAUAUCAUGCUUUAUUUUGUAAUUUCUUUUCUUUUUUAAGACUUUCAGAGAAAUUAUCAAUGUUGUUAUGAGAUGAGACAGAGAUGUAGUAGUGAAUUGAGAAGUCCACUGUGGAUUAUUAUUCCAUCAAUGGCAGUCUAUCAAUUGUAACGCCAUGAAUUCUUUUUCUA